UGACUUGAUUCUGUCUGAAAAUUCAUUAUUCCGAGAGCGUUUAAAAAGAGUGGAGGUGCGCAAUGGCAGCUACUGAAGUGUUAAACGGUUUGCAAUUUUUCGAAGGAGUUGAAAAACUUCUUGAAAUUUGGUUUACUACAAGUGAUGGUAAUCAUAAGACAGCUGACUUGAGAAAAAUACCCAGACAUAAAUUGGAGGCGCUGAUGAAAAUUGUCCGAUGCGAAAUAAUAAGUUAUGUGAAAAAUGAUCAAAUUGAUGCUUACGUAUUAAGUGAGAGUUCUAUGUUCGUCUCUAAGAGACGCUUUAUUUUGAAAACAUGCGGGACAACGACACCUUUGUUGUGUUUGGAGCCUCUUCUGCUGAUGGCAGAGCAAUACGCGGGGUUCACAGAAGUUGAAGAUUUAUAUUAUUCAAGAAAAAACUUCAAACGGCCUGAUUUACAAGUGACACCCCAUCAACACUUCGAUCAAGAGGUGGCUUUGUUAGACACACUGUUUCCGGAUGGAGCUGCCUAUUGCUUGGGAGCGGUAAAUAGAGAUUGUUGGUAUCUCUAUACUUUAAAUCCGAUUCCGCAACGCCUACCCUCUUUACCGAAUCCGGAUGAACCGGACCAAACGCUUGAAAUUAUGAUGACAGAUCUCGAUCCGGAAAUCAUGUCUAUAUUCACAAAGGAAGAGUGUUUGAAUGCAACCGAAGCCACGAAGAAAGCGGGGAUUGACAAAAUAAUUCCCAAUAUGAUAAUUGAUGAUUUCCUCUUCAAUCCUUGCGGAUACUCCAUGAACGGUGUUACUAAAAAUAUUUGUUCAGAACUUGAAGACGGUUGCUACAUGACUAUCCAUAUUACUCCGGAACCUGAUUUUUCUUAUGUUAGUUUUGAGACAAACGUUCCUUCCAGCUCCUACAAGGAAAUAAUCAGUAAAGUCCUCGAAACAUUCAAUCCAGGGAAGUUUACUGUCACCGUUUUCUCAAACCAAUUGUCUCCAACAAAGGACACAUCGAAAGAGCUACUUUUCCUCAACCAACUGGCCGAUUGGCAAAGACGAGACGUUCAGCAAUGCAGUAUUAAGAACUACGAUCUCGUGUACGCGUUCUUCUGUCGUUUUCCAAGCUGAGGGUGUCCGGGCGAGCUGUGCGAGUGCACAGCUAACCGUAACCUUUCCCACCUCCUUUCUUCCAAUCCUUUACCUUCCAGAAUUUUCCCUCAACAUUUCUUUUCCACUCUACCUAUCCCUCGUAAAUCAUCUCACAAUCAGAUUCCUCAUCUUUUACUUCAUUCAUUUCUAUUACACUUUAACAACAACUUUGCCGUAGACGAUAUAGAGAAGAAUUUGCCUAAAUCUGUUGUACCGAGCUUCCUUUUCUACUACGGCUACUCUGUGAUGGCUUGCGCACUUUUAAUGAAGUUCGGACUUUUAAAAUCGAAGAACGUCAACCCCAACAACCAUGACUGUAACACGCAGCCAGCUUACAAUACUUUGUUUGGACCUUUUUCAUUCUUUUUUCUUUAUUUCACCCUGUUCGCGCCAGUUUUCAAGUUCACAGAUUUUGAGUCGCCACUUGUUCUUUUUUCUUGGUGGCGCAAUAAAAUAUCGUGAGAACUACUGAAAAAACUUCCACAGUAGGUAGUGCAUUAGAGGGCUUGUCUUUUCAUCUAUGAGGGUGUUAAGAAUUCUUGAUGCAUUAUAAUCUUUGUCCUGAUUGCCCUACCUCCUUGGAAGUUUUAGCACUGGUUUAUUUCCGAUUAUGAAGUAGAUGGAUUUUCUUUUUGUAAAGAGCCUUUGAAUGAACAACUCCAAAAUUUUUCCCCAAAAAUAUCAGGGUUGAUGUAGGUCCAUUCGGUGUAAAAAUAAGCUCUAGAUGUUGAGUAGGUAAAACUUUUUCGAUAAAACACUAGAGGCUUAUUUUAUUUUAUUACUAAAUUACAAGAAGAUUUAUUAAGACUUUAUCUAAUGGAAAUUGGACAGAUUUUAUUGAGCAUGUAGUAAUUAAUAUACAAUAGUUUUAAGAUUAGAAUUAUAAAUAUUUGCUUUAAUUUUUAAACAUAUAUAUUUAGAGAUCGAAUAAUAGAGAGAUAUCGAAACCGUCGUUUGGUAAUAAAAGAUCCUUUAUUUUGACACUUUUGACAUAUAAGCAUGGUUAUUUAUGUCAAAAUAAAGGAUCUUUUAUUAAAGGACGAUGUUAAAUAGGGUUUCGAUAUCUCUCUAAUUAAUUUAUUUUUGAACCAAACAUGACAAAUACUGAAAAUCAUAAGAUGCUUUAUUUAAAAAAUAAUAUUAAGCACAUUAUCCACUUUUAGAUAUGUUUUCUACCAUUUAUAUAAUAUGUCUUCCCAACAAAUAAAUUAAAAGCAAAUCUCUCUUAGGGCGUAGGCGCAAAAUCUUGGCUCCAGUGCUUUUUAAAUGCAUUCAUUUUUUUUCGAAUACUGAGAAAACUAAUAAAAAUUUUUACGCAGAAUGAGAUAUUAGGUACAUUAUUUUCAAAGGCCGAAAGUCACUUAGGAUAAACAAAAUGUUUCUUUUGAAUGAGAUAUUUGAAAUUAAAAAUCAUAAUAAAUUUCCUCUUUUUUUUUCACCACUGCUUAUUAAAAUAAACAUUAUAUAAGUUUUCAGAGACUUUCGGCCCUCGGUAACGUAAUCUUUCAUUCUGCGUUUAAAAUUUGCAAAAAUAUUUAUCAGUUUUCUCAGGAUUCGAAAAAAAAAGAAUGCAUUUAAAAAGCAUUUGAGCCGAAAUUUUGCAUCUACUCCCUUAAGUCAAUAGGUAAAUACUGAUUACCUCAAACUUGACUACAGAAAGUUAAGACCGGUGUUUAAAAAUACUUAAUAAUUUUCCUAAACUCACCGCAGUUAAAAUAAAACAUAUUCGGCUCAUAUUAUUGAGGUACAUAAUGAUUUCCUUUGCUUGUAUUCCUAUACGGGGUUAGCUCUUCUGAUUACAUUUAUUAAACUGUUUCUAUCUUAGUCAUACCCAUAUAGACUACUAGUCUUCUCUAGGCGUCUCCAACCAUAUCUUCAUUGGUUUAACAGGAACCUUUGCAGGAACGGAACAAGUAGGCAACAUUCAGCACCGUACAUCAUAAUUAAAAUUUCAGUACCGUUCUUAUAAAACUUAUCAUUUAGUUUUUUCGUCAUAUAAAUACCACCGCUACUUCCCGUUUUAACGAUGCUGUUUCACCUCGAAAAAAAAAAAUAGAUUUUGCGGUGGACAUCCGAACUUAUCAUUGGAUAAGUUUUUACAUGGUAAACAAAAAAUUCAAAAAGAUUUUAUUAGCUUAUAUGUUUAUUGAGAUAACUCUGUCGAGUUUUUUAGUUAUAACGAUUUUUGACUUUUUGGUAUCACUCGGAAAUCAAAACAACGAAUUUUUUGCACAAAAAAGGGCGAAAAUCAACAUAUUUAUUAUUGUUAAAUAAAAAAUAAGCAUAAAACAGAAAAUAUAUACAAAAUUCCAGGUGGGUCGGUCAAGUAGUUUUUGAGUUACAAUGUCUACAGCCUUUGAAAAAAGCAGUUUUGAGGAAAAAGCGUUUAAAGUAUUGUCAACUUUUAUUUUCAAUUUCUGUUAUUUUCAGUUUGUCUGUCAAAUCGUAAAAUGAUGCACGCCGGAAUAUCUUUUUGAAUCGCGGAGUAAUUUACAAAAGAAAAUGAGAACAGCUGUUGACCGUUGUUCAUUACGUUCAAGCGUGCUGACGGGAACCUGCUGCAAAGCUAGUCGAAGAUAGGGAUAUUCAACACUAUUUCCCUACCUUCGACUCGCUUUGCAGCAUCUUCGCGCCAGUGCGCUUGAGCGUAGUGAGAAACGGUCAACAGCUGUUCUCAUUUUCUUUUGUAAAUUACUCCGCGAUUCAAGAACAUAUUCCGGUGUGCAUCAUUUUACGAUUUGACAGACAAAAAAAAGUGAAAAUAAAAUAAAAGUUGACAAUACUUUAAAAGCAUUUUUCUCAAAACUGCUUUUUUCAAAGCCUGUAGGCAUUGUAACUCAAAAACUACUUGACCAACUCACCUGGAGUUUUGUACAUAUUUUCUUUAGACAUUCCUUGAGGAAACACUGUCGAGAUAUUUUUUUAUUUUAUGCUUAUAUUUUGUUUAACAAUAUGUUGAUUUUCACCCUUUUUUCUGUAAAAAAUUUCGUUGUUUUGACUUGAGUGAUAGUGAUACCUACUAAAAAGUCAAAGAUCAUUAAAACUAAAAGAAACUUGACAGCGUUACCUCGAGAAACUCAUAAGCUAAUAAAAUCUUUUUGAAUUUUUUGUCUACCAUGAUCCAAUGAUAAAUUCUGAUGUCCACCGCAAAAUUCAUUGCUUUUUGGGGUGUCUUUAAAAAUUUGUCACCGUUGGCUUAUUUUUCAAUAUUUCUUGAUUUUUUUUUGAAUAUUUUUUUAAUUAUACUUAGUAUGCGUAUUUAAUUUAAAAAUAAAAUUAUUCUCUUAUACUUUAAAAAAAAAUCACAAAAAAAUGUUGAUUUCAACCCCUACGGCCCCCCCUUAAGGAUAGCUAUGACACGAUUCUGAUAGGCAACCCAUGCUGGUCGUGUUUGUCUAUGUAUGAAAUUUAAUAAAAAAAAUGUUUUAUCCGGCAAGCAUUCGGAUCCCGUACUAUAAGUCUGCAAAUUGGGUCUCAGAUGACAUCCUCAUUACUCAGAACUCUAGGACUCGAAUUUGAUCAUUAUGACCAAGUUUCUCAAGCUUGGAAACAAAGAGAAGUGACACGGUGCCAAAUUUAGAGAAUGCGGUGGAUGGGGCAGCAGUUCGUAGCGCAAAUCAACCAAUCUGACGGUCCAAAACGGCUCCAUUUUGUUUUUGCUGCAAUUUGGCGUCGAAUCGACUCGAUAAUUGGACAGUCGAUGUAGAUCACACCUUAUGAAUUCCGGAAAAUUGUGACCAUCACCUUUCCGACCGAUACGAAAGUCUUCGCCUGCUUCAGAGGAUGUUCGCCAGGUGGAGUCCACUGUUUUUAUUGUUCCUUGGUCUCUGGUACGUACUAGUGCGUCCAUGUUUCGUCACAAAAUAACGCAGAAACUCAUUCGAAUUGUGCUUAACCAACGUCAAACACAGUUUUGAAGUGGUCUCACUGUUGUGCUUGUUGUCCGAAGUGAGAAAACGCGGCGCCCAUCACGCAGAUACCCAAAAUGUCAUGCAGGAUAUGACCCACGCAAUCUGUAAAUAUGCCUACUGUCUCAGCUAUCUUACACUGAGAAAAUAAUUAAAUUUACGUUGAAAAUUUCCGCAAAACUGUUUCAAGCUGAAUAAUAUUGUAACUCAAAUUCACGCUGCUGUGGCGAAUACAAAAUAUGAAUAACAUCUGACGAGGCUGAACUUGAAAGUGUGCGAGUACAUUUUUCUAUAUCAAUUGUAAGGAAUCCCUUGUUAGCUUUGCUUGUUUAGCGUGUAUAGGUAGCUUUUUUUACAAUAACUCUUCUUCGUAAUCCAGGCGAUGCACAUUUAUCUCUGGAACUUGGUCAUACGACCUUUGUUAGUCAUAAGACCCUCUCUUUCCAUUAAACUCCAACAAAUCCUGUGGUACUCAACGAAAGCUAACAUUUCCUCAUUGGUAGUUUUAGGAUCUCUUCUGGUUUAAUCCUCAGUUGGCCGGUACAUUUCUGCCUCGUAUCUCUUAACACAUUGCACUGGCAUAGUAGGAUGUGUAUGGCAGUCUUUUCUUUCAUUUCGAAUUUUUUACAACACGGUUCAUUCACUUUACUUAUUUUGUAUAGGUGUUUUCUUAAAAGACGGAUUUUUUAUUCCAAUCACCACUUCAGGGACCGGUUUAAUCUCCCAUCUAUGGAAAUUCAUUAAAUUAUCCGAGCAUUUUUAUCAAUAUUCUUGAUUAUUUACGUAUUCUGGAUUUACCCUUGAGUGGAUCUCUAUUUCUUUUGAUGAUUCCUUAUCAGUCACUUCUAAACCUAGUUUCUUGCAUAUUUUUGGUAAUACGUUACAGUAACUCAAUAAGAAAUAAAAGUCAUAGAAUGUUUCACUCUUAACUUUCUAUGUGUCUGAAAAAAAUCCAAUGUUAAUUUUGAAGGAUGUACCAUGUAUAAUGCUUUAGUACAGUCGAAUAUCGAUCAAUCAUUUUAACCUAUACUAAAUUUACAAUCAAGAUGCAGUAGAAAUAAACAAACCAUUGAAAUGUAUAUACAUUGUAAAUUAUGAUUCGGCAGUGCUCCUAGUAGCAUUUAACGUGUCUUGGUUUGUUUAUUUCUACUGCAUCUUGAAUGUAAAUUUAGUAUAAUAACAAAAUAAAAAUAUAACGAUAUGUAUAACGUUAUAUCCAAUAUAAUCUAACCUUUGCUCAAAUUCACGUUUAAAUUUUAUUCUCCCUGUUUUGGUCCCUGAUGUCAGCAUUGGUAAUGUUGUUCCAUUUUUAUCUUUGCCAAUACGUCACGAUUCAUUUAAAAAAAAUUAAAUCAAAACAUAAAGUGAAACGUACGCGGAUGUGUAUAGUAUAUAGUAUACAGUAUACAAAAUGUAUGUACACGUCGACGUUCGUUUCACUUUAUGUUUUGACUUAAAUUGUUUGAAAAUGAGUCGUGACGCAUGGGAAAAGUUGAAUGGAAGAACUAUAUAUUGGUCCCCUUUAUUGUACCUUAUAGUGUUAGGGAAAACAAAAGAAAACAUAUCAAUUAUUAUAAAACUAUAUUAUAAUGAUUUUCCUAUUAUCCAACUCCUAUUUCGUUUUAAAAAUUUAUGUUCAGUUGGUAUUUUUUUGAACCAUUUAGAUGUGGCAUUUUUCGUUGACUCUUAAAGAAUAAUACCUCGCAGUGCAAGUAAAAUCUUUAAAUAAAUCAUUGAAAACUUUCAUAGGCCCCAUACGCCUGCGAUCAAAUUACGCAAAUUUACAAUGCACAGUAAACUGUUACUAAAACUGGUCUCCCAUACACUAGGCAUUUUUACGCAAUCACACGUCAAGCAACACAUACUGUAACAAUUGUUUGUAAAACCGUUUCUGUUGAGCAAAUUUGUUCACAGGUGUAAAACAUUGAUAGCAUCCAACUGUUAUUUAAAGUGGUCACCCAUACAUUAUGCAUUUUUACGCAUUCACACGUCAAGCAACACAAUAAACUGUAACAUUUGUUUGUAAAACAGUUUCUGUUGAGCAAAUUUGUUCACAGACGUGAAACAUUGAAAACUUUCAUAACAUCAACAACUGUUGCUUAAAGUGGUCACCCAUACAUUAUGCAUUUUUACGCAAUCACACGUCAAGCAACCCAAUAAACUGUAACACUUGUUUGUAAAAUAUAUUCUGUUGCGCAAAUUUGUUCACAGGUACAAAACAUUGAAAACAUUCAUAGCAUCAACAACUGUUGCUUAAAGUGGUCACCCAUACAUUAUGCAUUUUUACACAAUCACACGUCAAGCAACACAAUAAACUGUAACAAUUGUUUGUAAAACAGUUUCUGUUGAACAAAUUUGUUCACAGAUGUAAAACAUUGAAAACUUUCAUAACAUCAACAACUGUUGCUUAAAGCGGUCACUCAUACAUUAUGCAUUUUUAAGCAAUCACACGUCAAGCAACACAAUAAACUGUAACACUUGUUUGUAAAACAGUUUCUGUUGCGCAAAUUUGUUCACAGGUGUAAAACAUUGAAACCAUUCAUAGCAUCAACAACUGUUGCUUAAACUGAUCACCCAUAUACUAAGCAUGUUUACGCAAUCACACGUCAAGCAAUACAUACUGUAACAAUUGUUUGUAAAACCGUUUCUGUUGCGCAAAUUUGUUUACAGGUGUAAACCAUUGAAAACAUUGAUAGCAUCAACAUCUACUGCUUAAAUGGGUCACCCAUACAUUGCGCAAAUUUGUUUACAGGUGUAAACCAUUGAAAACAUUGAUAGCAUCAACAACUGCUGCUUAAAUUGGUCACCCAUACAUUGCGCAAAUUUGUUUACAGGUGUAAACCAUUGAAAAUAUUGAUAGCAUCAACAACUGCUGCUUAAAUUGGUCACCCAUCCAUUAUGCAUUUUUACGCAAUCACACGUCAAGCAACACAAUAAACUGGAACAAUUGUUUGUAAAACAGUUUCUGUUGAGCUUUGUUCACAGAUGUAAAACAUUGAAAACUUUCAUAACAUCAACAACUGUUGCUUAAAGUGGUCACCAAUACAUUAUGCAUUUUUACGCAAUCACACGUCAAGCAACACAUUAAAUUGUAACAAUUGUUUGUAAAACAGUUUCUGUUGAGCAAAUUUGUUCACAGGUGUAAAACAUUGAAAACAUUCAUAGCAUCAACAACUGUUGCUUAACUUGUCAGCCAUACACCAUACACUACGCAUUUUUACGCAAUCACACGUCAAGCAACACAACUGUAACAAUUAUUUAUAAAACAGUUUCUAUUGCGCAAAUUUGUUCACAGGUGUAAAACAUGCGAUCAAAUUGCGCAAAUUUACAUUGCACAACAAAUGGUUACUUAAAUUGGUCACACGUACGCUACGCAUUUUUACGCGAUCAAACGUCAAGCAACUAAAUAAAUUAACAAUUAUUAUUUGUAAAGUAGCUGCUGUUGCGCAAAUGUGUUCACAGGUAUGAAGGGCCCAUUAUUAAUAAACUGUUUCGCUGUCAGCGGCAUAAAAAAUGCACCCUCUGUUUCGUUUCAUUUGGUUAAAUGAAGAAUCUAUUUUCUUCUGUGUUAUAUCGUUGAUUGAUGUAUUGGGGGUUUAUUAAUAUUUCAAUCAACGGUUAUAUCCAUAAGAGACAACGAAAAUUGUUAUAUAUUUCCCCAACCCACUUUUAUUUUAAUAAUAUGUAACAAUGCAUAUCAUUUUACUGAAUUUACUUAAAAUAUACGCCAGUAAAAUUUGUCUUGUUUUCGAUUUUAGAUAGUUAAUUUUUAAUUAGCGAAUUUAAAUAAUUGUGAAACUUGAAUCAAAAUAAGUAGAAAAAAAUAGUUGUUCAGAAGUAUCUAUAUAUUUACAAAAUGUUGAUGUUACUGAUUAUCUGAAAGAAUAAAUAUAACUUUAGUAGACAGAAA